AUGGCUCAACGCGUCACCCUCCGUAAACGCCAACCCUACAACACCACCUCAAGCCGUAGACGCAUCGUAAAGACCCCAGGUGGAAAACUCCCGAAAUGCGGUGAUUGCGGUAUUGGUCUUCCUGGUGUCCCUGCUCUCCCGCCAAAGACUGUGUGCAGGGCUUAUGGUGGUUCGCGAUGCGGAGACUGUGUCAAGUCGCGCAUCCUACGAGCAUUCCUUGUCGAGGAGGCAAAGAUAGUCAAGAAGGUCAUCAAAAGCCAACAGAAGGCAGGAGGCCGCAAGUAA